AUGUAUCCAUUUAGCUUUGAUACCAAUGACAAAGAAUACUUAGAGCCCGAUUUAAGAAGCAUUUUGCGUCUCUGUUCGCCUUUCGUCUUGUUUUUUCUGCAAACGCAUCAACUUUUUCGACGAAACAAACUAGCAUGUAUUGCUUUGGGUGUUUUGGUCGAAAUUCAAUGCUACCGUCUAUCUAGGUUCUAUCACCAUCUUCAUAGCACGGAUUAUCUGAGUGCUUCCUUGCAAAAUGGAUUUCUCAUGAUGCUGGCUUUACGAACUUGUGUGCUUUCCCUCCGAAAUAAAAUUCCCUAUCAAGUCGACAGCACGAUCAAGAAGAAGUCGCCCAGAGGAUCUUUUACUGAGACUUUACAGUAUAUAGUUAGUGUUCGCAAAUACGGGUGGAGCGACAAUGCUGUACCUGAUUAUACUCCUGCAUACUAUUCUUACAGAACUUGGGUGACUAGAACUAUUAUUUACUUGACAUUCUAUGUUCUUUGCUCGGCCAUCAUGCUGCUGUUUGAUGUACCGAAUGCACCUUAUAAAUUUAAUAAUUGGCCCUCAACAUUGCUGCUGCCGUUUGUUAGAUCUUGUUACGUUUACUUGAUUUUAAAUCUUGGUUAUUAUCUGACGACUGUACUAUAUAUUCCCUUGGGAAUCUGGGACAUACGCGAAUUUCCACCAUUGAUGAAAAAUUUAUUAAAUACCAAAACAGUGAACGCGUUUUGGUCGACAGACUGGCACGUAAUGACCAAGCCAAUGUUCCGAACACUGGGAUGGGAACCUGUUUAUGAACUAACGCAGAGCAAAUUUCUCGGAAGUUUAGCUAGUUUUCUUAUUUCGGGGUUGUAUCAUGACUUUGCCUUCUGGUCUAUCAUAGGUCACUCCAGUCCAGGAAUCAUUCUUCAAUUUGCGAUAUGUGCCGUUUGCAUUAAAUUUGAGAAACGGUUCCCUAUCUUUGAAAAAAUCCCAUUCUGGCCAAUUCUAUUACAGGUUGUACUUCACUCCCAACUAGGAAUGGGUAAGGUAAUGAGGCAGCAAGGUUGGAGUCCUUUAGCAAAAGUUGAGCAUUAA